GCUCGAAGGGAAAAUCCUCCGAAAAAAAGUAAAUUAACUGAGAGGAUGAAAGGCAUAAAAAAUGACUGCCCUUGCGGAUGCUACUGCACGAUUGUCCAGGCGCGCAUGCACCGUUGGCGUAACAGUCCUAUCACAAUGUCGCGUCCGGGGUUCAUGCUUUGUCCAAAAGACCCGGCCAGAGCGAUUAGUCCGGGAAGCAGCAGGGAACCCCUCCUCGCUCGUGUUGCGGGAGAUAUUGCAUGCCGUCGCCUGGCUGAAUUCUCCGAUCGGCCGAACGUUGUGAUGAUGAUGAUGG